UCAGGGCAAGGCAGUCUGACAGUAUGGCGGCGGGGUGCAGCUGGAAGGAUGCUACUGUCGCCCGUGAUGCGCCUGUCGCCGGCAGGACGUGAAUGGACCUUUGACGGCAGAGAGACAAGAGGAUCCAGCGCGAAAGGCCUGUCGCCGUGAGCUCCGAAGAUGGCCAGGCUCGCCGACUACUUCUUAGUGGUCGGCUACGACCUCGACAAGCGAGUGGAGGGUGAAGGUCAAGGUCGCAUUCUCCAGCGGUUUCCUGAGAAAGACUGGGAGGACAGCCCAUUCCCACAAGGCAUAGAGCUGUUCUGUCAGCCCAGCGGUUGGCAGUUGGUUCCUGAGCGGCAGCCUGCCUCCUUCUUUGUAGCGGUUUUGACGGACAUCAACUCGGAGCGUCACUACUGUGCCUGCUUCACCUUCUGGGAGGGCCUGGACAACCCGCAGCUGCAGAAGGCUGAUGCCAGCGAGCUGGAUGAGGUAGAUGAAGAUUUGGCCGUCGUCCAGGCAGCGAAGGUCUUCGCCCCGAAGAGCCUGGUGCUGGUGUCCCGACUAGACUACACCGAGGUGUUCAGGAACUGUCUGGGUCUGGUCUACACCAUCCACGUAGAUGGCCUGUCUGCCCCUUUGGAAACAGUCAUCGGGAACCUCCUCACCUGUGUCAUCCCCAUUGCUGGAGGCUCCCAGACGGAUGAGUCCCCAGUAUGUAGUUUAGAAAAGGUUCCUCAGGCCCUGGCCUGUGACUGGCUGCUGGCCUGUCUCCAGCCGGGCCAGGAGGAGAGAGAGGAGAGAUUGCGGACGAUAACGUUAGGUGCUGGCGACCGGCAAGUUAUCCAGACUCCCAUCAAUGACGCGCUCCCUGUCAGUGGCAGCACUGUGGCCCAGCUCUUCAGACAGCUUGGUAUAGUCAACGUGUUGUAUCUGUUAUGCGCUGCCCUGACGGAACACAAGAUCCUGUUCCUGUCCAACAGCUACCAGAGACUCACGGACGCCUGCCGUGGACUGUUGGCCAUCAUGUUCCCCCUCAAAUACAGCUUCACCUACGUUCCCAUCCUACCUGGAAAACUAAUAGAGGUCCUAAGCACUCCCACUCCCUUCAUCAUCGGUGUCAAUUCGUUCUUCCGCUCCGAAACACAAGAGCUGUUGGAUGUGAUCGUUGCCGACCUGGACGGUGGUACGGUGACCAUUCCCGAGUGUGUCCACAUCUCCCUGCUGCCUGAACCGCUCCUUCAGCAGACACAGACUGUGCUGGCAAUGAUUUUGGAUCCAGAGCUGGAAAUUGCUGAUCGUGCCUUUCCCCCACUCUCUUCGCAACCCUCUGCACUUAAGAUCCAGGAUAAGGAGAUCCGUGCAGUGUUCCUGUGGCUGUUCGCUCGGCUCUUCCAGGGCUACCGCUGGUGUCUACACAUCAUUCGCAUUCACCCUGAACCAGUGAUCCGCUUCCACAAGGCGGCCUUCCUGGGUCAGAGAUCACUGACGGAGGACGAUUUCCUGAUGAAGGUGUUGGACGGCAUGGCGUUUGCAGGUUUCGUGUCAGAGAGGGGGCCUCCUUACAGAGCCACUGACCUAUUUGAUGAACUGGUAGCCAAUGAGGUGGAGCGGAUACGACAAGAGGAGACGUGUCCACACAAAGUCAUGAACCACGUCAAGGAGCUCGCUGAGCAGCUGUUCAAAAACGAGAAUCCAUACCCCGCAGUGGCGAUGCACAAGGUCCAGCCGCCGACAGAAAACAGACAGAACGCGGCAACAGAUAAGACGCCCUUUCCUGGGCUGGACGAUGUUGCAGUGCAGCUCUUCAUCGACCACGCUACUGCCAAGCUAAAGAAUGUACCUCCCGUGGUCAAGGUGGAGGUCAAGGCCAUGGUGCCGUCCGGGCCCCCACUGGGAGACAUUGUGGAUAGAAACGGAAACGUGAUGGCCAACAGCGCCCGCAGGCUGGAGGUGGUCAGGAACUGCAUCACAUACAUCUUUGAGAACAAGAUGCUGGAGGCAAAGAAGCUGAUGCCAGCUGUACUUCGGGCAUUGAAGGGUCGGGCAGCACGGGUUUGUCUGACCCAGGAGCUCAAUCAGCACGUCCUGCAGAACCGAGCUGUGCUGGACGACCAGCAGUUUGACUACAUAGUCCGCAUGUUGAACUGCACCUUACAGGACUGUUCACACAUGGAUGAACAUGGCAUCGCAGCUGCCCUGCUCCCAUUGGUCACAGCCUUCUGCAGAAAACUCGGCGCAGGCAUCACUCAGUUUGCCUACAGCUGUGUACAGGAGCACAUGGUGUGGGCCACCAUGCAGUUCUGGGAGGCCAUGUUCUACAGUGACGUCCAGAGCCACAUCAGGGCUCUGUACCUGGAAUCAGAGGAUGGAGAGCAGCAGAAGAACCUGGAGCAGCAGGACGGCUCGGGUGACGGCAGGGAAAUCAGCGCCCUGGACCUGGCGUCGGAGCAGAACAGGCUGUGGCCGACACUUAGCAAGGAAAUGCAGAUGGAGCGAGUACAGAAGGAGGAGAGCACCGUGUUCAGCCAGGCCAUCCACUACGCCAACAGGAUGAGCUACCUGCUCCUGCCGCUGGACACCAGCAAGAACCGACUGCUGAGGAACACCGGCUUCGGAGACGUGGAGAGCGUUAGCAACAGCUACGUCACAAACAGUAUUGCAGGCAGCAUGGCGGAGAGCUACGACACAGAGAGCGGCUUCGAAGACGCCGAGAGCUCAGACGUGGCCAACUCUGUGGUGCGCUUCAUCAACCGCUUUGUCGACAAAGUGUGCAAUGAGAGCGGCGUGACCAACGAGCACCUUAAGGCCCUCCACACCAUGAUACCAGAUAUUGUUCAGAUGCACAUUGAGACGUUGGACGCAGUCCACAGGGAGAGUAAGAGACUGCCUCCAAUCCAAAAGCCCAAGCUGCUGAGGCCGAUUCUGUUGCCGGGUGAGGAGCUAGUGAUGGAGGGCAUGCGGGUCCACCUGAUUCCCGACGGCCGCGAGGAGGCCACAGGGAUGAUGGGAGGUCCACCUCUGCUUCCCGCCGAGGGUGCCAUCUUCCUCACCACCUACCGACUCAUCUUCAAGGGCACGCCUACAGACCCACUAGUGGGUGAACAAGUGAUCACUCGCUCGUUCCCCAUCGCCUCUCUGACCAAGGAGAAGAGGAUCUCAGUCACUAUACCCAUGGACCAGUUUGUACAGGAGGGGCUGCAGCUACGCUCCUGCACCUUCCAGCUAAUGAAGAUUGCGUUUGAUGAGGAGGUUGCGUCCGACCUGGCGGAGGUUUUCAGGAAGCACAUGCACAAGCUGCGGUAUCCUCAGCACGUCCAGGGCACGUUUGCCUUCACUGUGGGUCAGAGUGGGAAAAUGGUGGUGGAGCACAAGACCAAGGACAAGAACCAGUCCCUCAAGACACUUUCCAAGAACCUGGUGAAAAGUGCCAAAAGGACCAUAGGUCGGCAGUAUGUGACCAGGAAGAAGUAUUCUCCGCCCACCUGGGAGAACAGGAGCAGCUUCCAGUCAGAGCUGGAUGAAGAUGAAAUCUCAGUCUCAGAGGAGUUGGAACCGCAGAGCUCGCUCACCCUCUCCUCUACCAUCCGCUCGUCCGACAGACAGACCAUGAGCAACGUGGUGGAGCGAGCGUGUUGUCGAGACUACCAGCGCCUGGGUCUGGGUACGCUCAGCAACAGCCUGACACGUUCCAAGAACGAGCCCUUCAGGAUUUCGACUGUUAACCGCAUGUACACCGUCUGCAGAAGCUACCCCGGCCUGCUGAUAGUGCCUCAGAGUAUCCCGGACACGACCAUCCAGAGAAUCUGCCGCUGCUACCGUCAGAACCGCUUCCCAGUGGUUUGCUGGAGGAAUUCAAGAACCAAGGCCGUCCUGCUGCGCUCCGCAGGCUUCCACGCUAAGGGUGUCGUGGGCUUCUUCAAGUCCCCCAACACCCCCUCUGCAGCUCCCUCCCAGGCAGAGUCCACCAGUCUGGAGCAGGAGAAAUACCUGCAGGCCAUCAUCAGCUCCAUGCCUUCAUACAGUGAGAACAGCGGCAGGAACACACUCAGCGGAUUCACCUCCACACAUAUGAGCACCUCAGACUCCUCCGAUAAGCUGCGGCCGCCUAAGAUCGGCGCUCUGAUGAAACAGGUGAUGGGAACCAAGGAGGAUGUUCCUGGAACCUUCAGCAGAGGAGCUCUGGGUCAAAGGGCGAAAGUCAUCUCCCUCUCUCAGCCCAAAGUGUCUGGCAAGGCCAGGAACCCUGCUAGAGGUAAAUGGGGCAGUAUCCGAGGCAGCGGGCGUCUAAGUACCUAUAACCCAGACGUGGGGACGCGUCUGGCUGGGAAAGAGGGUCCGCAGUCCAAUGGAGGUCCAAGCGAAGCGUUGUUCCUCCGCCAGCAGAAGGCCUACCUCUACAUCAUCGGAGACAAGGCCCAGCUCAAGGGAGGGAAGCAGGACUCGUUCCAGCAGUGGGAGGUGGUUCCCAUCGAGGUGUGUGACGUGCGGCAGGUGAAGAACAGCUUUAAGAAGUUGAUGAAGGCCUGCGUGCCGAGCUCCCAGACCUCUGACCCCAACAUGAGCUUCCUGCGGUGCCUGGAAGAUUCUGAGUGGAUGACUCUGUUACACAGGGUGCUGCAGGUGUCCGUCCUCGUGGUGGAGCUCCUGGAUACGGGCUCAUCGGUCAUGGUCAGCCUGGAGGACGGCUGGGACGUAACCACACAGGUGGUGUCCCUGGUGCAGCUGCUGUCCGAUCCCUACUACAGAACCUUUGACGGCUUCCGGCUGCUAGUGGAGAAGGAGUGGCUCUCGUUCGGCCACAAGUUCAGCCAGCGUGGAGCUCAGACGCUGGGCAGCCAGAGCAGCGGCUUCACUCCCGUGUUCCUGCAGUUCCUGGACUGCGUGCACCAGAUCCACCUCCAGUUCCCCAUGGAGUUUGAGUUCAGUCAGUACUACCUGAAGUUCUUGGCCUACCACUACGUGUCCAACCGCUUCCGCACCUUCCUGCUCGACUCAGACUACGAACGCAUCGAGCUGGGAGUCCUUUAUGAGGAGAAAGGUGGAGAGAGGAGAAGCCCUCAGGUGUGUAAAUCUGUGUGGGACUACAUCGACAGACUCAACAAGAAAACACCCGUCUUCUUCAACUACAUGUUCUGCCCUGAGGACGACGAGGUUCUGCGGCCGUACACCUUCAUCUCCAACCUGAAGGUGUGGGACUUCUACAUGGAGGAGACUCUGUCGGAGGGGCCGUCCUACGACUGGGAGGCGAGGGUCCGGCAGGAGCGCGUGGCAGAGGAGACGCCGGAGAAGCCCGACACCAGCGGGCCCAAGUCGCAGCGGCACAUCGUGUGGCCGUGUUACGACGGCCUGAGUAAGGUGGUGCCCGACGCCAUCACCAAGCUGCUGCAGGACCUGCAGAGUCUGGAGGCGGAGCUCGGUCAAACGUCAGAGAAGUGGAAGGACACGUGGGAUAAAAUCAAGACCACGCAGAGGGCGGAGAGCAAACUGGAGAGCAAGCCGUCGUUCUCCAGCUCCCUGCUGAUGUCGUCCAACCUGAGCCACCAGCGGCGUUCUCAGGGCGUCUACCUGCAGGAGAGCGCGGGGUCUUCCAUCAACCUGGCUAUGGACUGCGAGGCCAGCGCCACCUCCACGCCUGUCGCCGGUCGGCCGAGCACCAGCACCCUCUACAGCCAGUUCCAGAGCACGGAGAGCGAGAACAGGAGUUUUGAAGGCAUUUUGUUCAAGAAAGGGGCAUUGUUGAAACCAUGGAAACCACGGUGGUUUGUCCUGGACAAGACUAAACAUCAGCUGAGAUACUACGAGAGCAGGCAGGACAAGGAGUGCAAAGGCAUGAUCGAGCUGGCGGAGGUGGAGUCCGUCAUUCCCGGAACACCCACCAUGGGAGCGCCGAAAAACAUCGACGAGAAGGCCUUCUUUGAUAUCAAGACGACCAAACGAGUGUAUAACUUCUGUGCCCAGGACAGCCCGAACGCACAGUUGUGGAUGGACAGUGUUCAGAGUUGCUUGUCGGACGCCUAGAGCAGAGGCUGGACUCUUAAAACGAGCAAUGCACCCAGGAACGAAUGAGCAGCGCUGCGGCGCCUGGCGGACGUCGCUCUGCCAGCCGAUCCCAGUGAAGCGGGGGGGGGGGAAGGGGCCUUUCACCACUUAAGCUCUGUUCUGUUCGCUAGUGUUGAACUAAUAACCUCGCGUCACAACGUUUCAGUGUUUUUGUUAUAAAAAAAAAAUAAGAAAAAUGAAAAAAAAAAAUAAAACAACCCAGAAGAACCACUUGCUGUCGUCUCACCGAGGAGCUGCAGCCUCGCACCUCCCUGACAGUCUGACCACUAUGUGCGCUGGAUGUCUGUGUGCACAAAAACAAAGAACGCAUAUUCAAGCACGUCGUUGCAUUUUCCGUGAGGCGCCCCGCAGCUUGGAGCAGCAUGAUGAUGUUUCCAGACCCUCCACCUUUUAAACCACAACCUCUCCCUCCUACUAACCCUGCGCACCCUUUUAAAAACACUCCGGGGGAGGAAUGACGGAGCAGCAGCAGCAGCAGCGGUGGUGGUGGUGGUCGCCCAUCACACGACCGGUGAGACCGCUCAGGAGAAGUGUGGAAGAUUGACUGAUGGGUUGACGGACCAAAAAUAACCCAGAGGAACAAACGCUCUUUUCUUCCGGUCCUCAGAGGCCUGUGCUCUCUCUCUCUCUGCCCCGCACUGCCUGAUGUAGCCGAUGUAUUUACAAGUCGUAGAGAAGUGGACUGUGUCGGGAGGGGGGGGGCGGGAAGGAGAGGGAGGACGCCUCAACGGAUCAUGAAGGAUUUUCCCUUUUUUUUUUUUCCUUUUCUUAAUUUUUCUUUUUUCUAAAAUCCCAAAUUUGUACCAGAGCGACGUGGAUGCUCGUCCUCGGCACACGCCGAUGACGUUAUACUGUGAAAGCCAUGAAUCAGUCGUAGAGAACAAAACCAGUGGAGCCAGCGGGAGAUUAGAAUCAGUCAGGUAUCGUGAGUGUGUCGGUGAACUUUUCACUCAGAGUGUUUACAAAAUCAACUUCCCAUCACUCAGCUCUGCUCUUCACUCGUUUUCUCUUUUCUUUUUUUUGUCAACCACUAACAACAUUCAGAUUUUUAAGGGAUGCAGAAGGAAACAUUUAUUUUGAAGUGAUGUCUUUAAAUGUGAGAGGGAUCUGGAAGGAACUUAAGAACAGAGUGAUAUUAUGGGAUGCUCCACAGAGUUAUUACAGAUUUUAAAGAUGGACACUGACUGUCCUUUUCUGAGAGGAUGUUUGUUCCAGGGAAAUGGUGGAAUUUUUUCAACCCGAGUCUUAUUCUCAUUAUUUUUAAAUGCUAAAUGCUAACAGUUGUUUGCAGAUGGUUGAAAACGUUACAGCAAACAACAAAGUAAUUUAUAGUGACAUUAAAUACAUUUUUAUUAAAAAGCAGAAAUCAUUUCAAACACUCAGUCAAAAGUAAUUAGCAACUAUAGCUAACUGCUUAGCUUUAAUAGCUGAGGGACACACCUGGCUUAAUAAGCACUAGCUGUUUGGUUAGCUUAGUUAGCAUGCUACCUGUUUAUCUGGAGCAAGAUUGUACUUCAACUAACGAUAAUAAAUAUGACAAAAUUGUUCCUAAAGGAUUUGAUUGUGAGUCUCACUCUUGAAUUUACUUAAAAGCAAAUAAAGGAAACAAACCUUAUUUGCUUAUUUAGCACGUACACAUCAAAUCAGCAGAUGCACAAUUAAUGUAUGAAUGAACAAGUAGGUAGUUCAGUCAGUCAGCCACCAUGGUAAAUCCCAGAAGUUAACUUCAGUGUUUACUUUUGAUUUGGAGACGAGCGUUUGAAAUGAUUUCUGUGAAAUUCACGUGGGAGACUUUGGGAGGCGUGCACAGUUUGUUCUGGAUUCAUCAGUCGUAGAAAACGUGUCUAAAUUUCUACAGUUUGAGGUGGUGAGUGUAAAGUGGAGCACACGAGUAUGAGAAGAAGACCUAGGAGGAAAAAAUCCCAUCAUUUCCCUUUAAUGAUGUUGAGACGUGGAGAGUCGGGCUCCAUCGCUGUCUGUGUGGCAAACAUGAAUGUGACUCGGUUACAUCAUCGGUUCACCCGCGUGGACGCCAGUGUUUCACGUUAGCGCCUCCUACCUUCAGUGCUGGGACUUGUACAUAGACGAGUUUACAUCAGUUAGUUUGUAGAGAAAUUGAACGUUUAGCUGGAAGCUUCCGAACAUCAAGUCACUUAUUUUUAUUUUACUUUGUCAGCCCCCACCCCACCCCCUUACACCUUUAUUCACCCUCCUCCUCCACACACACACACACACCGUUGUUAACACAAACCCUGCUCAGUAAAAUAUGGUUCUACUGCUGUCUUGUUGAACAUAAAAAUUGAAAUUGUAGAUUUUUUUUUUUUUGUGUCUAAUAACUCCUUUGUAUAUACUACUCCAGAUUUGUAUGUAACGUUUAUGGUAGUAAUUUAUUUAACUUGUCUCCUCAGUAAGAAAGUUCCUGAAGCACCACUUUAUUUUUAAAUUAGGAAUUCAAUGUGCCAUUUGUUUAUUUCUGUAUUAAUGUGACUAAUGUUUUUUUUUUUUUUUUAGAUAAUGUACAAGUAAAUCCUCAUUGUAUUAUUUUUUUUAAAAAACACGCUUGUCCUUAUUCACUACCAAGCGUCAGUGCAGGAGUGGAGAUGGUGUGUGAGAGAAAGUCUCUGGGGUGGUUUUUUAAAGGCUGGUUGGAUUUGACUGUGUUGCUCUCACAGCGAUGGGAACUCUGGGUGUAGAUGACAGUCUAAUAACUCUGAACGGACACACGUCUGACCCCUGCUGGGUUCUGCAAAGUUUAACACUGUUGAACGGGUCGGGCUGCUGAAAUGAUCUGUAUGUCAGGUUGAAGUCAGAAACUGUUAAAGAUGUUAAUCAAGGAUUCCAAAAGUACAGAUUUAUUGAUUUAGUUUUGGAAGUUUCUGGCAAUAUGAUCAUUAAAAAGGCAGAAGACGUGUUUCACUGCCCUCAGCCACCUGUGACCCCAACUAGAGCUGCAGCUAACAUUUACUUUCUCAAUUGUCAGGGGACAACCCAACCAACAGUCCACCAUGUGCUCAAGUUUAACAAAACUGUAACUGGAUUGUUUCUUGUCUGUUUUUGCUUGAAAAUGACUCAUACGGUUUUAAUCGCUAAGUAAAUGGUCACGUUGCUCAGUGAAGUUUCCCAAAAAUGCUGCUAAACCUCCUCCUGUGAUCAAUUUAUACAUUUUAAUUGCUUGUUUGGCCAGGAAUCUGACAGUAGCUUCACCAUGUUCUAACUCUUAACUCCUUACUGAAUUUCUAAUGUUAGCCAGUUUCAUAUCUUCAUGUUCCAGUCACUAUUUCCUAAUCAUACCCGUCCCAUCUAUUUUAUUCAUGAGCAUAAUGUUAAAAAAACAGAUCUUUAGCUGAAGGAUCCGUGUGGACUUCACAUCCACAUUCACAGAUGGACUCUAAACAGUCAGAUGCAGCUUCAUCAAAAUCAUUUCAUCUGAUCAUUAAAAACGAUUUUGCAGAUGUAUAAGUGCAGCAGCCAGAACCAGCAUGUGUGAAGACGCCACGUUCUGACUGUCGUCUACAUCCAGUCUGACCCAGCUCAUCGUUUUCACUCUCGUUUACUCAUCUCUCCAUGGUAACAAGUCAACAGCUAAAUUAACCACAGCAAUAUGACAUAAUCCUUUUUUAUUUAUUUUGGUUCUUUUUUUUAUUAGAAAUGACAUUCUGAGCCGGGUUAUGUUGUCAAUCAUGUCAAUAUAGUUUUUAGGAUCCAAAUAAAAACCGUGGGUUUAAAUGUC